CACAAGCUGGGUCCGUACACUCCGUCUCUUCUCCAAGAGUAACCACCCGCUCACUGCUUCUGCGCCUUUUAUUUGGCAGAGCCGCCGGCAACCUGGGCUCUCACACUCCGCCCCUUCCCCUGAAGCGGAAGGCCCGCCCCUUUCUUCCGUGCCUUCUCAUUGGCUAGUGCAGAAGUGUUGGAGUUCGCUACCGGCCCGAGGCUGCGGGUCCUUCCCCAGGGUCAACCUGCACGCUGUGGCCCACCCGAAGCGCGUGCUCAGCUUCCCUACAGCUGUGGCUGCCAGUGUGACUUUGCAAGUCUCGCCAGGGGGGCCUUCGUUGCCUUGUCUGCAACCCGGCUUUCGAGGGUGGACGCCGAAUGUUAUGAGCUAUGCCUUUGCCACCCAGCUGUCCUGUCCUGAGCCGUUGUAACUUUCCGGGCAGGGUGGGAACCCGAGAUCUUUAAAUCAGUCUCCACAAGUCGCCCUCCACCCCGCUUCAGGUCUGGAGUAUGAAGUCCUUUGGAGGAAGGAGCCGGGAGGCAGCAGGGCCCAAGGGUAGAAGGGCUGCCCGACCCCGGGAGCAGGACCGAGAUGUGCAGCUGUCUAAGGCUCUGUCCUAUGCCCUCCGUCACGGGGCCUUGAAGCUGGGGCUUCCCAUGGGAGCUGAUGGCUUUGUGCCCCUGCACAGCCUCCUGCAGUUGCCCCAGUUCCACAGCUUCUCUGCUGAAGAUGUACAGCGUGUGGUGGACACCAAUGAGAAGCAGCGGUUCACCCUUCGGCCAGGAGACUCCAGUACUGGCCCCCUCAUCCGGGCUAAUCAGGGCCACUCCCUGAAGGUGCCUGAUUUGGAGCUGGUGCCCCUUGAGACACCACAGGCCCUGCCCCAGGUGCUGGUCCAUGGUACAUUCUGGAAGCACUGGCCAUCCAUCCUGCUCAAGGGCCUGUCAUGCCAGGGAAGGACACACAUUCACUUGGCCCCAGGACUACCUGGGGACCCUGGCGUCAUCAGUGGUAUGCGCCCAGAUUGUGAGGUGGCUGUGAUCAUCAAUGGACCCCUAGCCCUGGCAGAUGGAAUCCCCUUCUUCCGCUCUGCCAAUGGAGUGAUCCUGACUCCAGGAGAUGCCAGUGGCUUCCUGCUUCCCAAGUACUUCAAAGAAGCCCUGCAGCUGCAGCCUGCCCUUCUCAUCUUUACCCCAGGAAAACCUCUCUCCUUGGCUGGUGAUAAAGAGACGGAGUGUCUGAGUGGCCCCGUGCACAGCCGCAGAAGAAGGAUGAUCAAACAAUAAAAUAUGUAUUUAAAAAAAUUAAAAGUAACAAGAAAAGAA